AUGCACAUGGUGAUCGUUUCAUCAUGAAUCUUACAGUUGUUCUAAGUUCUUGUAUUUCUGGCGUAAUCAGGUCUUUUACAGUUGAAACCCGUAUUUUGGCGAAGAGGUCGUGCAUCCGACGAAGUCUUAACCGGGUUGUUGCAGCCAGAUUCUGUACCAGCACCAGUAAUCCGCAGUUGACAUCUCGAGAUGACGAGUCCGAAUCCGACUCGGAGGCAGAAGUUGGAGAGACAAGAUCGCUCACAAACAAAUUUCUGAUUGUUGGUCUGGGCAACCCAGAAAUGCAGUCAAGUCGUUACAGUGUUGGAAUGCAGUUUGUGAAUGUUCUGGCGAAGAAGAUGCGACUGCGAUGGACGGCACACAUGUUCAACAACACAGCCGGAUUCACUGCUUCAGCGCACAUUGGCAACUACACAGAGUUGCAUCUUCUCAAACCACGGUUGCCAGUGAAUAUCAAUGGAGCAAGUGUAGUAAAAUCAACUCGCUUCUUUGACGUGAAAGCGGAGAAUGUGUAUUUGGUACAUGCACUGCCAGAUAUGGCCAAAGGGGAGUUUGACAUCUCCAAAGUGGACAUAGACAGCCACAGUGGCGUGGCAUCCACGAUGGAGACACUCAAAUCAGAUGAAAUGACCAGUCUUGCCAUCGGAAUAGACUGUCCACCUGAGGACGAGGAAGCAGGCGAAUACGUGUGGGACGAUUUCACAAACGAGGAAUAUGGUGACAUAGAUGGCGCCAUCAAAGAUGCCAUGGAAACACUGAUAACACACAUCGAAGACAAACAUGACAUUGAGUUUGACAUUAGGAUAUCUAGGCCCUUGCAUGUCAAAGAUGAAGGCCUUUCCAAAUAUAUGACCAAAAUGAAGAAACUGUCCAAGACAAAAUAUUCCAAGGAUUAUCGGAGAGGUCAUCGGAAUGACAGAGAUUCUUGGCAUGGGAGAGAUUAUGGAAAUGAGAGAGAAUCUUGGAAUGAAAGAAAUUCCUGGAAUCAGAGAAAUUCUCGGAAUGACAGAGAUUCUUGGAAUGAGAAAGAUUCUUGGAAUGAGAGAGAUUCUCAGAGAUAUUAUUAAUAUGGCUGAUUUUGUUGGAUUGUGCAUGGUGUUCAGACAGGAAUGGGUACACUGCACAUUGGUUCUUGGUUUUCUUUGAGACUACUGUUACACAGACUUAUUUCAAUUUUGGUUCUUGCCAGUGCCAUAAAAGUACAUUUUUUUUUCUAAACUGUAUGCUGACAUCCCAAUCUCAUUAAAUCAGCAGAGGGGCGGUGGGGUGGCCGAGUGGUAAAGGGUCACCUCAUCAAUGUGUGUUGAGCUGG